AAUCUACUUAUUAUAAGUUGUGAAAAAUGAAGAAGACUAAAGGAAAUAAUUGUGAUGGAGCCAAACCAAAAGAAAGACAUAUUGUGUCUUGGUCACAAGAGGAGGACGAUAUACUACGAGAGCAAAUUCGUAUUCAUGGAAUUGAUGACAAUUGGACUAUCAUAGCUUCAAACUUCAAGGAUAAAACAACUAGACAAUGCAAAAGAAGAUGGUUCACUUAUUUGAACUCCGAUUUCAAAAAGGGAGGAUGGUCACCCGAAGAAGAUAUGCUUUUAUGCGCGGCUCAAAAGAUCUUUGGAAACAGAUGGACUGAAAUUGCCAAAGUGGUAUCAGGCAGAACGGAUAAUGCUGUGAAGAACAGGUUCACUACAAUCUGCAAAAAGAAAGCAAAACAUGAAGCAAUGGCUGAAGAAAACAGGGUUACGUUAUCAGAUAAGCUCGAUACUGAUAGAAUAUGUGAUGUUUCCGCUAAGAAGCUGAGGAGGAGCCGUACUAUAGAAAGCUCGGUUGAUGAUUGUCCGAAUAAUAAUCAACCGGUUAGACAUCCAUUUGCAGUGCUUGCUCAGAAUGUCAAUAACUUGAAAGAGACAUAUGAAAAUGUAUGUAACGGACUUUCUAUGGAUUUUCAAGGAACGGUCCUUAAGAAGAAUGAUCGAAAUAUGUUGAUGCAACAAGGCUCACUGGCACUCAAAGUUAAUUCGGAAAACAGUAACCAGCGUCUUGAAAAUGCUUGGAUGGUAAGCUAUUUUUUACAUUACUGGUUGCAGAACUUAUGGGAUGAUCUGAAUAUUUUGCAGGUAGUCGAUGAUUUUCUUCAUCGUAUGAAGGAAGGUGAUAUGCUCAAGUUCCGGCAUACAGAGAUGAAUUCUGCACACAAUACUCAUAAGAAUCUGAUAACAAACUCAAGUAGUAACGAAAGGAACCGAUCAUCUAAAAGGCAACUUGCUUUAUCUCAAGAGUCUGGUGACAGUUCAGAGUACAAUACCGGAUCAACUCAGCUGUCGCGUGCAUUGAGUAAUAAAACAGAAGAAAGUCAAGUUAAGACGUGUACGCAUGAUCAGGAGAUUCAAUCUGGUUUGCAAAAUUCUCAAAUAAGUGAUCAAACUGGAGUACAAGAGUUGGAAAAUGGAAUUUUCUGUGAUCUAUCAUUCCCUCAUGAUACUCGGUCUGUUUGUGAUGAAAUGAAGCACAAUGAUGUAUCAGCAACAGAUGGAUGUGAAUAUCCUUCUCCUCUCCAAGUAACUCCGCAAUUCAGAUCAUUAGCUGAAGCAAUUCCCAGCCCAAAAUUCUCCGAAAGUGAGAGACAAUUCCUAUUGAAGACACUUGGAGUUGAGUCUACAUCCCCUCAUCGAACCACGAAACCUCCAUCUUGCAAAAGGGCGCUCCUUCAAAGUCUAUGAUCAAUAUGCAUCCUUUAUCAUGACACAUAGAAAAAUGCAGGGCACGAGCACGAACAAACACAAACUCACACAGACAUGAACAUGUACCUAGUCUGUUUUCUUAAUGUGUCUCAUUUCUUGUGUGUCAUUGUGGAACUCGAAUGGAGGUAUUCGAUGUUUCCAUAAGUUUUUGGCAUUUAUUGUAGAUAACAUAAUAGUGUAGUAGUUACAAAUUGGCAAUUCACCAGAGUUUACAGAGUAUGUAAAAGAAGAUAGUUAUUUGUAGAACUUCUUCCAAAGGCUUUUUGGUGGCUAAGUUGCUCGGAUCCUUUAAAAGAUAUUGUCGUAUCUUUGUCAGAUUCUUUAAAAGCUAUGCGUGUUUGAAGGGUUUGACACACGAAAAGAAUUUUUGAAGAGUUUGACCAAUAUAAUAUGGUGUAGUUGGUAGUAGUCUUAGUCGAGUGUGAUCAUUAUUAAAAAGUAAAAAGCAGAAGAUGGAGGGAAUUCAAUAUGAA